AUUAAUCACUGAUGACGUCAGCAGAUUCCAGACUCGUCCACGGGCUUCUGCUUUCUACUCCCACCUCGCGGCGGCGGUCGCCGAUCCGCUUCUUCCACUUCACCAGCCAUCGGGCCUGUGCGGUCGCUCCUCCGCCUUUUUUUUUUCUUCUGCUGCAUCCGCUGCAACCUCCGCCAUGAGUUUUUUCCGGCGGGCGAAGUCCUCGCUUGUUCCCUCUUUCGUAUACCGCGUCUCCUCCAAGAUCAGAUCCAAAUUCUCGAACCCGUUUCCUCCCCGAUCCUCCUCAUCCUGUGCUCCCUCCUCGUCUUUUCUCUCCCCGGCGAAACCCUUCUCGUCGCCUCCCCCCUUCUCCGCCAUCGUCAGACGGUCGUACUACUACGUCUCCACCCCCCAGGUUCAGCACUUCCGCCGAAAGCCCCGGUGGUACCAAAACCCGCGCGCCAUUCUCGUCGUUGUUGUUGUCGGCGGAGUCUCCGUCGUCUCGAUCUACUACGGCAACCUCGAGACCGUUCCCUACACAAAGCGGCGUCACUUCGUGCUCAUCUCCCCCUCCCUCGAGCGCCAGCUCGGCGAGUCGGAGUUCGAGAAGCUCAAGUUGGGGUUCCGCGGUAAGAUCCUGCCCGCCCUCCACCCGGACAGUGUCCGCGUGCGGCUCGUCUCGAAGGACAUCAUCCAGGCGCUCAAACGGGGGCUGCGCCACGACGAGCAACAUUAUAGCGACCCUGAGUAUGCCGCGGUGAGCACCCGGCCGGAGUUUGAUACGCCGGGAAAGACACAGGAGUCUAUCUGGGCCCUGAGCGAGAGGGAAGAGGGCAAGUGGAGCCACGAGGAUGAGAUUCUUGAUGACCAAUGGAUCCACCAUAGCAGGAAGAAGGGCGAGGACACAGGAGCUCAGUCAGCAACCAAACACUUGGAGGGGCUCAAUUGGGAGGUUCUGGUGGUCAGAGACAAUGCCAUUAACGCCUUCUGCCUUCCGGGUGGAAAGAUUGUUGUUUUCACUGGAUUGCUUGAUCAUUUCAAGAGCGAUGCCGAGAUUGCUACCGUCAUUGGGCAUGAGGUUGGCCACGCUGUUGCUCGGCACUCUGCUGAAAUGAUCACGAAAAACCUGUGGUUUGCCAUAUUGCAGUUGAUCAUUCUUCAAUUCUUUGCAAUGCCUGACCUUGUCAAUGCAAUGUCAAAUCUUCUCCUUAGAUUACCUUUCUCACGCAGGAUGGAAAUGGAGGCAGAUUACAUUGGACUAUUGCUGCUUGCCUCUGCUGGAUGUGAUCCACGCAUUGCACCACAAGUUUACGAGAAACUGGGCAAACUCACUGGCGACUCUGCAUGGAAAGAUUACCUCUCAACCCAUCCAUCCAGCAAAAAGAGGGCACAAUUGCUGUCUCAAGCUAAUGUGAUGGAGGAAGCACUUUCUAUCUACAGAGAAACCAUGGCCGGCCGUGGAAUUGAAGGUUUCUUGUAGCUCUGCUCUUUCCAGCAUCUGCCACAGGUUUCCUUGUGUGAAGUUUCAGCUCAUGCCAUUUUCCUGGAGUUAAAUCUACAUGAAUAUUUGGAUGGUCAAAUUAUUAGUUGGCAAGCAGCGAGUCAGCUGAUUUUGUUGAGAGAGAGAUGAAAUAAGCUGUGAAUCCUGUUGUGAAAUAAAUGUUCAAGGGAAACAAAUAAAUCUAACACAGCCUGUGUUUUUUGUUUAUUUCUUGUACUACCUUUAAAACUUGCAAAUUUAGUACAAAGUGUGGAUUUCAUACUAAAAACUUGCAUUUGUAAUUAGUUAGUUUCCUUAAUUAGUUAGCUGACAAUAUUAAGAAUAAAUAAAUGCGUUAAAUUUCUUUGGUGA